AUGGCUGCUACUCUGCCCGCUACUGUCUUUCUCGUCUGCUGUCUUCUGUUCUCGCGCCUCAUUCUGCGGUCCAGACCAUGGCUUGCUGAGAACACACUGUCUUUUCGCCUUGCAACCUCUCUGCGCUAUCCUGAGCCAUUUUCGGGGUCUGUUCUGACGCUGUGGGUUUACAGCGUCUGGCUACCCCACAUCUUGACUCUGCUUCUGCUGCAACGUCAAUGCACAGCCAAACAGGCUCUGCCCGUCUCACCGGCGUCGCUUCUCCAGAACCUGUGCGAAAGUGCUCUUCAUUUGAAUGAAAGACCAUGUGAGACUGCCCCGCCGCCUUGA